GUCAGCUUGUUCUUUCAGAAGAGCCAGCGUUUGAUUUGAGCUGUGAAGCUGCACAGGUCCUUCAGCUUUACCUGUUUGCCCUGCUACGAAGGAACUAAGGACAGAAACAGGAAAAGUGAAAAAAAAAAAAGCUCACAAACUAUGUUUUGCUUCAUGUUUUUGCUCCUCCUUGUCACGCACAUGUUGCUCUCUUCCACAUAUGUUGCAGUUGUCUCGCCCCAGGAUGCCGUUCUGCACAUUGGCUCCAGUCUGACAGCCACAUGCACGCUCAGCCCUGAGCUCGGCCUCCAUGCCAGCACUGCGUACUGGACCCUGAAUGGGGUGCGUCUGUCCAGCGAUACCUACAGUUUGGUGUCCUCCAACGUCCUAAGUGUCACCCUUCACAGCCUCAAUGGCUCCCGGCAGCAGUCUGGAGACAACCUGGUGUGUCAUGGAGCAGAUGGAAGUAUUUUGGAUGGUUCUUGUCUCUAUGUGGGCAUGGCUCCAGAAAAGCCAGUCAAUUUGACAUGUUGGUCCCACAACACAAAGGACUUGAGCUGCAAGUGGAGCCUGGGUGGGCAGGGUGAGACCCACAUCCGAACCAAAUAUACCCUCAAGUACAAACUGAGGUGGCAUGGGAAGGAAAAGGAGUGUGAAAAUUACAGCACAGUAAGGCAGGAGUACUCCUGCUACAUCCCCAGCAAUAUCGCCCUCUUCACCCCGUAUGAGAUCUGGGUGGAGGCCACCAAUCAGCUGGGAUCAGCUACCUCUGACAUCACCUCUGUGGACAUCCUUGAUGUAGUCACCACAGACCCUCCUGGCAACGUGCAGGUGAGUCGUGUCGGCAACCUUGAAGACCAGCUGACAGUCCGUUGGGCCAGUCCACCCGAGCUCAAGGACAUCCUCUUUCAGGCCAAAUAUCAGAUACGCUACAGACUGGAGGACAGUGCAGACUGGAAGGUGGUGGAUGAUGUUGGAAAUCUGACAGCAUGUCGGCUGGCUGGACUCAAGCCUGGGACUGUCUAUUUUGUCCAAGUUAGAUGCAACCCAGUGGGGAUCUUUGGUUCUAAGAAACCUGGUAUCUGGAGUGACUGGAGCCACCCGACAGCUGCCUCCACACCCAACAGUGAGAGACUGCAAAGAGCCUCCUGUAGUCCCAGGCCCGGUGAGCAGAACACCCCCCUGCGGCGGGAACUAAAGCAGUUCUUCGGCUGGGUCCGCAAGCACACGCACGGCUGCAGCGGCAUGUCAAUCAAACUCUACGAUCAGUGGAGGGUGUGGCUGCAGAAACCGCACAAAACGCGCAACCAGAUUCAACAAGACAAUAAUUCAUAGAACGAAGGCUUAGUACCACUGUGGUGUUUAAUUUAAGAGGAGCAUCAAGAGUCAAGACACACUACAAACUGAUCCAGAGAAUCCCAGCUGUGAGAGGUCCAAGCUCCCAUCUGAGGGACUCUGCAGUGGUCGGUCAUAAAGACUUCACUUGAGUUUAAAAGGGCCUGGGUGGGAGAUAACACCAGUGAGACAAUGCAGCCUUUCUGUGCUGUUCCAUGGUCUAAACCUGCUGAUGGAUCCGUUUGCUAUGUAAACAUACUUACCCACAGAAUCUGCUAAUUAGUCAGGAAAAAAUCUUAACAUUUGCAUUUCAAGUUUUUUUAAUGAUCAGUAUGCAUGAAAUGUCUUAAAAGAUGUUCAGAAUUCCUAAAACGAAGUGUUGUGAUAGACUGGAAAUGUGUGUAUGGUGUGUUCUGCCUUUUACCCCAUGGAAGCUGAAUAAAGUGAGAGGUGGAUAGAUGAAUGUGCUGGUUGCAUAAGUAAUUAAAAAAGAUUAAAGGCUUCAUUGUAAAAACUGACCAGGUUAUUUGCUUAAAAUGUCAUUUCUGAUAUUUUUCUGUUUCCAUAAGUGAA